GUUGUUUGUGAUGUCUGUUAGUGUUAGUACAAUUCAGGCAAUUUUUCCUCUCAUGCAUUAGUAUGUGUGGUAUUGACGUUUGUUUGUUUUGGAGUCAAUUCAGAAGUCGCAAGUGAUAUGGAUGCCGAAAUUUUUAUUUCGCUGCUAUGGAACAAGUUAAGUGAUGAACCUUUCUGAUCAAAGCGAAGCAAUGGUCACAGGCGCACGAGGGCAUCAUGGAGUAUAUUGCCAUGGAUUGUGUUAUUAUCGACAACUUCCCUUAUUCGAAAUCAGUAUUGAUCGAGAUCAAGGAUGUGAAACAAAUUUCCAACUGGUUCAUCAAGGACAAAAUUUUGAGCGACUUCUUCGAGCUGAAUGUGAAGUUCGACCUGACCCGGAACACGAUCGACGAUGAGGUGUCCGCAACUCGACUCGAGGAACUCAAACCAAAACUAUCCGAUCUGUGCUCGGCGAUCAAGAUGUUCCCCUGUCCGACACAAAAGGUAUCGGUUCAGAUAGAGCGAAAUCACCCAGUUGUUGGCAUUUCUGAUUCGUCAUUCAUCGCCCAGGAUCCGCUAAUUAACAGCUGUGCGUUGAAGCGAAAUGCGUUCGAGAAGCUGUCCUUGCUCCAGGAGUACGUGCACCAGGAAUUGCGACAUAUGUAUGCUGAGCGCGUUUCUGGACGAAGAGAUAGUGAGAUAGUGUUUGAAAGAAAAUUACUAUGUAAUUUUAAUCGUAAGAAUAAUUACUGCAAUGGUGGAAUAAAAUAGACAGUCUAGAAUGGA